AUGCAUUCAUCCCGUUGGAGUGCUCCUCCGGCUGAGGACGAGUCCGAAGCAGAGUCGGAAGGGCCAUGGGCACCGCCAGCCUGGCAGAACCACAACAACAAGUGGUAUCGCAAAUCGUAUUUGCAAGAGUCAAGCCCAUCCAAGUCUCGUACCGCGAGUCCCUACGAGCAGCGCUUUGAUCGGGAAGUCACGCCAUCACGCAUACCGCUCCCAGAGUCGCCACGCAAAGGAACGCCGCGCACGAGCCCAGAACCCGUGGAGCAACGUCACUUCACUCCCGAUACGAUUGCAUCGAGGCUUCAGAGCCCGUCAAUUGAGCCCGACAUAACUUCAGGCGCGCAGCAACACCCAGAGGAAGAAGGAUCGCCUAGACGCGACGGAUUCAUUCGAGUCGUGUUCAAAUCCGAGAGCCUAGUUAACAUGGGACCACUCGAGGAGCGCAUUUCUUCGUUUUCCCGCGGUAUGUCAAAGACGAGAGUGUGUGGCAGUUUGGUCGUCCUAGUCUUAGCGUGGCUACUCAUCCAUCCUUGGGGCACCGAAACAGCCUCUCCCGGGCCCAACGUCGCCCACCUAGUGAGUAUGGUGAGGAGAUUUGAGCCGCUUUUGUACGCAUCAGAGAAUGUGAUCCCGCGCUCACGCGAGCUCAGCGACGCAUCUAUCGCGGUAGAAGAUCUCGGCGAGAGUAUUCGGGCGAGCAAUAUGUCGGGAUCGAAAGUCAUCGUUACCCAGCUGGACGGUUUGAGCGAAAAUUUGAAGACACUUUCACAACAGAUCCAGACUUUCUUUGUACAUGUUGAUGGUGAUAUGGAUGGCACGAUAAGCGCCAUUGGAUGGGCUACGCGCCAGCUUGAGGGUAUCCAAGGCUCACACGUCGGUGUGCUAGACACCGUGAUAGGAAAUGUUCACGGUGGAUUGAGCAAGAUCGGGCUUCUAGGCACGGAUGACCAACUCAGCGCUGUCGGAUCUGUCGUCACCGGCCUCAUGGGAUCUACGACACAGCAGAAGGCAAAAGCAGCAUUACAGCGAUCGUUCGAUUUUGUGCUUUCCACAUUGGAGGAGAACCUACAGAACGAGCUUAGCCGUGCCGACAGUCUCUUCCAAAUGUUCGACAACGUGGACUUGCAAUUCCACAACUUACAUCGAACCGUUGCCAAAGAGGAAGACACUCUUUCUGCGCAGAAGGACGAGUUUCUGGCAUCCAUGUGGCGCACUACGAUCACCAACAAGCUCAGACUGAAGAAGUACGAAAAGAAUCUGAAGCUAUUGAAGACGCUGCGUUCAAGCGCUCUGGCCAACAAGUCUGAGCUCAAGAACAACAUCCAGAUCAUCCGAGCAGUGCAAGACCAGCUCGUCGUUGCGCGGAAGAGCCUGAUAUCACCCGUGAUCCGAGGCGCCCAAUCCGACUCGUACAGCAUCGAAAAGCAGCUGGAAGAUGUGGUCGCCACGCACGAUUUCCUCCAGGGGAUCCGCGACUCACAGAAACACAAAUUCACCAAGCAGCUGUUUGCCGCGCCAAGCCGCCCAGCCAUAUCGAUCACCACAGGCAGGGACGACGACGAAGAGGCGGAGUACUGA